AACAAAACCGGAGAACAGAAAUGACCAUUCUCCGGUCCUCCCCCUCGUCUCUCUCAAUCGCCUCCUCUUUCUUCCACUGCCCAGUCUGUUCAACUCUCCUCAAACCCCCAAUUCUCUCUCAAAUCAUGGAUUCCAGUUCAAAACCCUGCCCCGUUUCAAUUUCAUCCGCCGCCGCGUCUUCAACCGCAACGAGGACGGUGCCCCACCAAGUUCCGAAUUUGAACCCUUUGGAGAUGGAGCGUACUGCGGAUCAAAUCUUUCGGAGGUACUCGUCUUCAGAUUCCAAGCGAAGCGGAGAGGGAGUCGCCAUUGUUUGGUUCAGGAACGAUCUGAGGGUGUUGGACAACGAGGCUUUGUACGCCGCCUGGAUUUCAUCCCGCGCGCUAUUGCCUGUGUAUUGCGUGGAUCCUCGACUUUUCGGCACCACUCAUUACUUUGGGUUCCCCAAAACUGGAGCCUUGAGAGCGCAGUUUCUAAUAGAAUGUUUGGAUGACUUGAAAAAGAAUCUGAUGAAGCGGGGCCUAAACUUGCUCAUUCAACAUGGAAAACCUGAGGAAAUUCUACCUUUGCUUGCAAAAUCUUUCGGAGCCCAUACAGUAUAUGCACACAAAGAAACUUGCAUUGAGGAGUUGACUGUAGAGAGAUUGGUCAGCAGUGGUCUGCAUCAGGUGUUGCUGCCACGACCAUGUCCAGUGGGGCUGUCCACUGGUUCAAGUUGUAGAAACAACUCUAAACUACAUCUUACCUGGGGCAGUACAAUGUAUCAUGUAGAUGACCUCCCAUUUGAUACCAGCAGAUUACCUGAUGUGUAUACUCAGUUUCGUAAGUCUGUUGAAGCCAAGUGCACAAUUCGAGGUUGCAUUAAGGUUCCUGGAUCACUUGGGCCACCACCGGACGUUGGGGAUUGGGGAUCUGUUCCUUCAAUUGAUCAACUAGGACUUCAUCCAGAGAAGAUAAGCAAAGGAAUGAGAUUUGUGGGAGGUGAAAGUGCGGCUCUAAGCAGAGUAAAUGAAUACUUCUGGAAGAAUGAUUUGCUGAGAAUUUAUAAAGAAACUAGGAAUGGGAUGUUGGGACCCGAUUAUUCAACAAAAUUCUCUCCAUGGCUUGCUUCAGGAAGUCUCUCUCCUCGUUUCAUAUGUGAAGAGGUAAAGAGAUAUGAAAAGGAGCAUCAAGCAAAUGAUUCUACAUACUGGGUAUUGUUUGAAUUGAUAUGGAGGGAUUACUUCAGGUUUUUAUCAGUCAGAUAUGGAAAUUCUCUUUUCCAUCUAGGUGGGCCAAGAAAAGUGAAAGCUAAAUGGAGUCAAGAUCAGGCCUUAUUUGAAUCGUGGCGAAAUGGCUGCACAGGGUACCCUCUUAUCGAUGCCAACAUGAAGGAGCUGUUGAGCACUGGGUUCAUGUCAAACAGAGGACGACAGAUUGUAUGUUCCUUUCUUGUUCGAGAUAUGGGUAUUGAUUGGCGUAUGGGAGCUGAGUGGUUCGAGACUUGCCUUUUGGAUUAUGACCCAUGUUCAAAUUAUGGAAAUUGGACCUAUGGAGCAGGUGUUGGGAAUGAUCCAAGAGAGGACCGUUACUUCAGCAUCCCCAAGCAAGCGCAGACAUAUGAUCCUGAAGGGGAGUACGUGGCUUACUGGUUACCUGAGCUACAGGUUCUUCCAAAGGAGAAAAGGCAUUUUCCUGGAAUACAAUAUCUUAAGCAAAUUGUCCCUCUCAAAUUUGGAAACAAUUAUAGACAAGGCAGUCAGGACUUUGUGGCGAGACGAACCAAAUUCAGAGGAAGACACAUGGUUGGAAGAUGAAGUUAUGGACUAAUUUGUGCUUGAGGGCCUCCGCGUGAUCGAACUUAGCGAGUUCAGGGUUGGGUUUGUUGGCAUAGUAUUUUUGGUGAGAGGGUACAACCUUGGAUAUAUUUUUGGGCUAUAGUAUAUUUAUGAUUUCUGAGUUGUAUAUUUGUGAAUACUAGAUGUUGGAGAAUAUUACUUUUGAGAUAUAUAUAGAACUCUUGUAUAUUAUUGAGGAUAUUUAUUUAUUUU